AUGGGGAUGUAUAAACCAGUUAUGAUCUGCUUUGUAUUAUGGUGUUUCUUAUGGUUGCCCCAAGUGAGAGGUGAGGAAAGCUGUCUCAACACUGAGCUCUGCUCAGGUACAGAGUGGGAUCGUUUGUGGUAUAUCUGGCUGGUGGUGGCAAUUGGUGGGUUGCUGCUCCUGUGUGGCCUGGUUUCUGUCUGCGUGAGAUGCUGCUUUCACUGCCGCCAGACGGGGGAGGAAUCUGGCCCUCAGCCCUACGAGGUCACCGUCAUUGCUUUUGAUCAUGACAGCACCAUCCAGAGCACCAUUACCUCUCUGCACUCGGUGUUGGGGCCCGCGGCCAGGAGGGUGCUCGCGGUGGCACGUUCCCACGGCGCUGCCCAGGGCACGCCAGCCCUCUCGGCACCAGACACCCCUCCCGUCUACGAAGAAGCCCUGCGCAUGAGCAGAUUCACGGUGGCCAAGGCAGGGCAGAAAGUGCCAGACUUGUACCCGGUGCCAGAGGAAAACAUGCAGGCACCUGCCGAGGGCAAGGAGGCCCAGCCAGCCCGCCCAAGGCUCUAG